AUGAAGUACUCCUACGCUUUCGCUCUGGCCGCUGCCCAGCUGGCUGCUGCCCACACCACCUUCCAGUCCUUCGUCAUUGACGGCAAGGACCAGGGCCAGCACUUUGCUGUCCGCACUCCCUCCAACGGCAACAACCCCAUCCUUGAUGUCACCUCCUCGGCCAUGACCUGCAACGGCGGCACCGCCGCUGAUGACACCGUUGAGGUCGCGGCUGGCUCCGAGAUCACCUUCCAGUGGCACCACAACGUACGAACUCUUACUACCACACUGAGUAAGCUAUGA